AUGUUUCAGUUAAACGAUAAAAAUCCAAAGGAGUUGAGUCAUGAUCAUAAAAUUAAUAGGCGCAAAGAUAAAAUAUGUACGCUGUCUGCAAUCCUGGGAAAGACACUCGGAGACCGAGUACCCAAUGUGAUGAUCAGGGAAACCAGCGAUGUUACAGACAUCGUCAGAUGGGCAAGACAGAGAAGACGUGAAUGGAACGGUCACGUAUCCAGAAUGGCGGAAGAGAGAAUAGCAAGAACAGCAAGAGAUGGGAAACCAACAUCCAGAAGACCCCCAGGAAGACCCCCAAAGAGAUGGAUGGACAGCUGGACAUCCGGAUCACAGGAGACGAAUUAA